UCGUCGCGUCUUGAUGACGCCGCUUUGAACGCGGCCAGUUCUGUCUAUUGUGUUUAUGUUGAGCUCUGCACAGUUUUCUUGUGAAUGGACGCAGCGUCACGGUUAAAGUUUGUUAUCUCUCCUGACGACAUGGACUGGAAAACCUCUUAAAUAGCGAUCAUCUGUGCUCACAUGCAAACAUGAACAAAGGCUGGCUGGAGCUCGAGAGCGACCCGGGGCUGUUCACUCUGCUGGUGGAAGAUUUUGGUGUGAAAGGUGUCCAGGUAGAGGAAAUCUAUGAUCUUCAAAGCAAAUGUCCAAGUCCUGUGUAUGGGUUCAUCUUCCUGUUCAAGUGGAUCGAGGAACGUCGAUCCAGGAGGAAAGUCAACACUCUGGUGGAUGAGACCUCUGUCAUCGAUGAGGAAAUUGUAAAUGAUAUGUUCUUUGCUCAUCAGCUGAUACCGAAUUCAUGUGCCACCCACGCCUUGUUGAGUGUGCUUCUGAACUGCAGUGGUGUCGAGCUUGGCACCACUCUGAGUCGCAUGAAGGCUUUCACUAAAGGCUUUAGUCCAGAGAGUAAAGGUUACGCAAUAGGAAAUGCCCCAGAGCUUGCCAGAGCACACAACAGCCAUGCCAGACCGGAGCCCAGGCACCUGCCGGAGAAACAGAAUGGAAUCAGUGCAGUGCGAACCAUGGAAGCAUUCCAUUUUGUUAGCUAUGUGCCCAUCAAAGACCGUCUCUUUGAGCUCGAUGGACUCAAGGCUUACCCCAUUGACCAUGGGCCUUGGGGAGAGGAGGAGGAAUGGACUGAUAAAGCUCGGCGAGUUAUCAUGGAGAGGAUUGGACUGGCCACUGCUGGUGAGCCCUACCAUGAUAUCCGCUUCAACCUGAUGGCGGUGGUGCCUGACCGCAGAGUUAAGUAUGAGUCCAAACUGGAGAUUCUGAAGAGGAAUCGACAGACUGUUCUCGAGGGUCUACAGAAGAUGAUCCGGCUCACCCAGCCGGAGCUGGUACAUGACAAGAAGCAGCAGGACUCCUCCUCACCUGAUGACAGCACCACACUGAUCAAGAAAGAGACAGCUGUGGAGCCAGUUACAUCCAAGGGGGCUGAUAAGGCAUCUCCAGUGGAUCAGUCUAAGAGCGCUCCGAGCCCUUCAGGAAAAACUAAGGUCAUGGGCAAACCAACAGUCCCCUCUGGAGGAGGUACUCCGCAUGUCACCAGUUCCAACCCAAUUGUUCAACGUCUGCCUGCUUUCCUGGACAACCACAACUACGCCAAGCCUCCGAUGCAGGAGGAGGAGGAUCUCGCUGUUGGAGUGGGUCGCUCUCGGAUAUUGGGGCCUCCCAAACCACCAUACUCCGAUGAUGAAGAUGACUAUGAGGAUGAUGAGGAAGAAGUAACUGGUUCUGCAAGCACUUCAAACAGGUUUAGGCGGAAAGCAAGUCUGCGUUCACGACCAGGACGGGCUGUGGCUGGAAUGGAAAGCCAGAUUGCUUUGACUGUCUUGGCUGAGAAACUGAAGAAAGAGGCCCAGAAGAAAGAUGCCCUAAAUACACCUCUCUCCGUACGCACAGAGGGCCGCACGGGGGGCAUUUGUAUCACAUCUGCUUCACAGCCCUCCCCCACACCCAGCAACGAAAGCACCGACACAGCCUCCGAGAUCGGCAGUGCCUUCAACUCCCCGCUGCGCUCGCCUGCACGCUCCCAGGCUGCGACGCGGCCGUCCAGUCCGGUUGCAUCCCAUCUGUCCCGUGUGCUGUUUGGGGAAGAUGAAAUGCUCAGGCUGGACUCUAGACAUAACCGUGCUGUGAGAGAACUGGGUCCCUCUGUCAGCGUAGCCAUGUUACACCUUCAGGAGGAUGGAAUCAUCUAUACUCUGCCUCCAUCUGUAGAUUGUGCUGCUGAGGGUACAAAGCAGCCUGAGAAGAUAAAAGAGGAAGAGCAAGCAGGAGUGGUAGCAGGAGAGAAGGAGGGAGAGAAGCAGGGACCAUCUGUGAAGGUGAAAGAAGAGGAGAGCAAAGAUGGAGCAGAGGUGAAACCCAGCAAUGAAAAACUCCCUGCUACGGAUACUGCUGCAGGCAGCAAGCCCGCUGGGGAUAAGUAUUCACCAAAAGAGCUGCUUGCACUGCUUAAGUGUGUAGAAGCUGAUAUCGCAAAUUAUGAGGUGUAUCUAAAGGAAGAAGUGGAAAAGAGAAAGAAAUACAAAAUAGACGAUCAGAGGAGGACACACAAUUAUGAUGAGUUCAUCUGCACCUUUAUUUCAAUGCUGGCCCAAGAAGGAAUGUUGGCGAGCCUUGUCGAGCAAAAUAUUUCCGUGCGCCGUCGCCAGGGAGUAAGUAUUGGCCGCUUGCACAAACAGAGGAAGCCGGAUCGCAGGAAACGCUCUCGACCUUACAAAGCCAAACGCCAGUAAUCACAAACAAUCAUAACGCCUGUCAGUAACAGAGAAAAAUAAGCUGCUGCACUCCUGAAGUUCUCAUUCAGACGGAUUACUGUUGCAUUUUACUCUCAGCCUCGUCUUGUUCAUGACAUCCACCAUGUAUUUGAUCAGUUCUUUUAUCCCAUGUGUAAAUAUGUACCUCCAUUUUAGACUCAUUGUAAAUUUUCUUCCCGUGCCAAUGCUAUCUACAGUUUGUAAAUAUGAAAAAAUGGCAUGUCCCCAACAAUGCACCUGGAUGCUUUUUAUUGAAACUUCUUCCCUAGAGUCAUGUGGUCAAUACAAUACAGUGGAUUUCUCUUAAACACCUCUGUAAAUCACACACUUUGGUGACCAUUAGUCAGAAUCUCUUCAGCUGUGUCCAUCUCUGGUGAUUUCACGGUGCCAAUGAAGUAUUGAAUGUUUUGACGGAAAAGGUCACAUUUUAUUCAUCCACAGCAUUUCAGCCUCACUUGACUUAGUGUAGGUAAUUCACUGUAUAACAUGAAAGAAAGCCUAUUUUAAUCACAUUCUUCAUAGGUGCUUUUAAUAUCAAGAAGAAGUCAUGAUGCAUCAGGUUUAUUUUUUCUUUUCAUUGGAAUGUCCAGUCCACUGAGAGUCUGUAUGUAUUUCUCUCGAGGUCCUGCGAAUGAAAAUCAAGCUCUUGUGUUAUUUUUCUACCUGAACUGGAUCUCAGAGUGAGUGAAUAUAAAAUUGGUCGUGUGCAGUUGUGUGUUUUGUACAUAUGUAUCUGUUAAUGGCUCACUUGUACAAUGAGUUCAGUCAUUCUUUGUGCUUGCCAAUUCAUAUUAUAAAUAAAGUCAGUGAAAAUACCUCGCUAUAAUAA